UUUUCCUUGGAUAAUCAUAAUUUUCUUCGAUUUGUUUCUGUACUUGUUUUUCCAACAUCAUUUAUUUUCUUCGAAGCAUGUUUUGUUUCGAUAUUGGAUUUUGAAAAUGGAUAUAAUCAAUAACCGAAUGUCCACGCUGAAAAUAAUUCCCUUCUCGAAAUUUAUUGAAAGAAUGUGAUUCGUUGUCUGCACCCUAACAAAAUUCAAAUUGACGAACACAAAAAAAGCGCAAAAAGUUCAACAAUUUCAAAAGUUCACAUUGCGAUCAUUUAAUCUUUUUCAGAAUAAUUGAAAAAAUACUUUAAAACAUUUCAAACGUAUAAAAUUUACGUUAAAUCCGCUGCGAGCUCGUUGUUCGUGUGAUUACGAAUUACGUUUGAGUGGUGGUGUGCAUCGGGCAGCACUUAUGUUGUUCGUAAUAUUUUCCUGUAUACCCAUUCCGUACCAUCAUUCAAUAUGCUAAAGAAAGUGUUUCUAGACGGCCAUUUUGAUAGAAAAAUUUCUUUCUAAAACAAAAAGCUUAAAACUGUUCAUAAAAUCGCGAAAAAAAUCCAAAAAUCCACCCAAAUCAGGUUAACAUCACAGAAACGUUCGACGGGAUUAUUACGAAUUGAGUCCAGAGAGAGACAGAGACAGACGUUGAACGUUCAGUUUUCAGCAAGACAGAAAUUUAUUAUAGAUUUGCUUUUGGUUUAAGAAAGAACUCAGGAUUGAAAUCAGUUCAAAAUGGCGUGUGCAACAUUGAAGAGAAGUCUGGAUUGGGAGUCGCUGAAUCAACGUCCCACAAAACGUCGUCGUUGCAAUCCAUUUACCACCACUAGUGGAACGCCACAAAAUUCAAAUGCUCAAGCUGCUAGUGCAAAAGUGACAGAACCAACACAAUCAGCGUUUGCCGACGCAACACUCUCGAAGUUAACACCAGAAAAAAUGGCGCAAAACAUCCGCGAGGAAAUCACACGUUUGCAUCGGCGAAAACAAUUGAACUUCACGUAUCACAAUGUUGAGAGAAUGCAAGACUCCGAAUCAAGUGGUUCUGAAAUGGGACCGGACAGUCCACGUCGCCCAGAUACACCACCAAAUCUGCGAAACCCGGAAAAAGGUCUUUUCACGUUCAAACAGGUACAAAUGAUAUGCGAAAGCAUGCUGAAGGAACGAGAGGACUCGUUGCGUGAACAAUACGAUGCUGUUCUAACCACAAAAUUAGCCGAGCAAUACGAUGCAUUUGUGAAAUUCACAUAUGACCAGAUACAAAGACGUUUUGAGGCAGCUCCCAGCUAUCUGUCUUAAUGCGUAAUUCAUCAACUCAUCGAAAAUCACAGUUCUUUUUUUUUUCUUCGAGUGUGUGAAUGUGUGCUAUCGAAACGCGUCAUAAAUAUGAAACAUUUUGCUUAAAAAUCGUCAGAAAAAGUAAAAAAAAAAGUUCGACAAAAACUAAAUCAUAAUUUCGAGUAAUGAAAAGACAAAUAACAUUUGGAAAUUGACAGCUUCAGAUCGACACAAAGAGAGAAAGAGAAAGAUACACAUAGAGAUUAAACAUCAAAUUUAAGGAGAACAUUAAAUUGAAAUGUGUUUUACGAUUUAAAUGAAUCGAUUCUAUGUACUUUACGCAAAACCAAGCCCAUUUCUCAUUCUCUCUCUCCCUUUGUGUCCUGAAACUGAACACUACAUUUUGAAUUGCAACAACAACAAAAAAAGAGAAAAAAAAAUAACAAUACGCAAAACAAACACACUCGCCAAUGUGUGCCAGCAUAACUGCAAAUGCGAUCUCCACUGGACCAAGUGGAACGCAUCAAAAGGAUUAAAAAUAUAAAUUAAUAAGAAUUUGCAAACCAAAUUAUUAUUAAUACAUAUUAUGCAAAAAAAAAACAAAAUAGUGAUUAAGAUAAAACGCGCAUAAACUAAAUAUUGUUUUAUAUUUUAAACACAUAAUUAUACAACCAUUUCGAUAAUGUCAAAGAAAGAAGAUUUAGAGGAGCUAAAGAGUAACGAAAAGAAAAAUGCCAGGAGCAAAUCGAACUUUAAGAUUAUGCAAAAUUAAACUACUACAUUAAUUCAGCAUUUCAGUAAAUAUAAAACAGAACGAGAGUAAUUUGCGAAUACUAUGAAAUAAACAAAUAAAAAAAAACACAAAGAUAAAAGCAACGCGUACGGAAAUCAAAUUCUAUCUAAACGAAUGAAAGAAGAAAAAAAAUCAUUAUUAUCGCGUAUGACAAAAGAACAAGAGAAACUCGAAUACUGAACGUUGAACAGCGAAUUGAGUUUUUUUAUACACUUUUCUUCUUCGGUUUUAAAUAAUAUAGUAUUCUCGAUAUAUGAUUACACAUUUUUUUCGCGAUUUUUGAAUACUUUAAGGAAAACAUUCAAGCAAUCAUUUACAUUUUCUUUUCGUUCUGGACGCGACGUUGUUAUUUGAAAAGAAAUUUGAAUUUUGGUUUAGUUUUUUUUUUCUUCUUCAUUAUGUUUUCAAAUUUUCGGGUAAAAAAAAUCUUUUUGUUAUUACAUUAAAAUUAAGGAUGAUUUAAAAAAAAAAGUGGAAUACGCCUAGAAAAAGUUUCUUUUGCAAAGAAUCAAUUUUGAAUCGAAAUAAUGAGAAACUCACACACACACAAACAAACAAACAAAACAACAAGCAAAAACCAACAUAACUUUCAUACAAUUCUCCGAUUACUUUUUUUUUGUUCUCCGUAGCUCAUCAUUUUCAAAUCAUAAUCGCAUACGUUUUAGUUGACCGCUUCUCGUAGCGAGGAUCAAGUAUAGCAACACACGGAAUAUUUGUAACAAAAACGAUUUCAAAUUAUGUAUAAAAAAAAAACACACACAAGCGAAAUGAUGAGAUGUACUAAAAUUAUUGUACGAAAAUCCUUGAAACAACACGAUCGAACACAUUGUCAGAAAUGUAAAAAAGUGAAAAACGUUGCGUUGUACAUAAUGAAAUCAUUAUGGAAACAGAAAAUAAAGUUAGAAUUCCAAUAAAAA